UAGACUUCACCUAACCCAUCUAUUUCCAUUCGGGGAUACCAAGCGCCCUUAUCAUGGCUUCGUCCCAAUUCUCCCUCGAGGGCCAAACCGCCUUACUGACAGGCGGCACCCGUGGAAUUGGUCAAGUUGUCGCCAUCGCCCUCGCAGAAGCUGGAGCCGACGUCUUGCUCGUUCAGAGGGAUGAAUCUGUGAAGUCCACUCGCGAUGCCAUCCAGAAGCUAGGUCGCAAGUCUCAGAUCUAUACAGCAGACCUCAGUGAGCCCCAAAGCGUCGCCUCUCUCGUUCCCAAGGUCCUCGCUGAUGGCCACCAAAUCCGCAUCCUCGUGAACUGCGCCGGCAUUCAGAGACGCCACCCGGCCGAGAAGUUCCCCGACUCCGACUUCAACGAGGUCAUCCAAGUCAACCUCAAUUCCGUCUUCACCCUCACCCGCGAUGUCGGCGCCCACAUGCUUACCCUAGACCCUUCCCCCGUCACCGGCCGCCGCGGCAGCAUCAUCAACUACGCCUCCCUCCUCUCCUUCCAAGGCGGCUUCACCGUGCCCGCCUACGCCGCCUCCAAGGGCGCCGUGGCCCAGCUCACCAAGAGCUUUGCCAACGAGUGGACCUCGCGCGGCAUCACCGUCAACGCCAUCGCCCCGGGCUACAUCGAGACCGAGAUGAACACCGCCCUCCUGGACGACAAGGAGCGUCUUGCGAGCAUCAGCGCUCGCAUCCCCGCCGGCCGGUGGGGGACGCCCGAGGAUUUCAAGGGCACCACCGUCUACCUUGCCAGCCGCGCCAGCGCCUAUGUCAGCGGCCAUACACUAGUUGUGGACGGUGGCUGGAUGGGUCGAUGAAAUCAAGCAAACAGCUCAUCGCGAGAAGGCAUCGCGUGAACAUGGAAAACUUGAAAAACAUGCAAAACGAUGUAGUGGAUGGUAUAGCAUUCAAUCUUGUAUAGUUCUUGGAUGGUUUCUGCUCAAGAAACUUCGGGGAUGGAGAAAUAAAAAUGACUCGAAAAACGCCUGGAUAUCUGUUCCCCG